AUGCCCCCUAGGAACAGGCGCUUUUUCACGCGAGAACCAUUCCGCCAUGACGAUCGAUUGACGCUGCAGCACGCUGAAGGGCCUUGUGGCUUUCUUAAUCCGACACGAGCCCAUUUCGACCACUCGAAAUUAUGUGCUGGCUCGGCAUCCAACGAGAUAGCGACGCCGCAAGAGAGCGGCGACGAUGCGGAAGCCAGACGUAAGCCGCCAAAGCAAGACGUCGACUCUAACGUCCCUGCCAGAAACGUCAGGUUCUUAUGGCGAUCGCGAGACAAUCGAAAGGGUAGACAUCCCUUACUUGUCCAACCGCCGCUUGCUGGAGAGGAAGCGCCUUUCGUGACACCAAGGCGCACGUCACAUCCCAAGGAGAUUUUGAAAACGGUCAUCAAGACCUUUACGCAUUACCCAAUCUGGGAUAUUUCGUGGCUGGUAGCCUUCAUAUUCACGUGGGGAAGCGUGGUUUGGGUCAUUAACGCAUUCUUCGUGUGGCUCCCCGUGGUAGCCCCCUCCACCGAAUUCGAUGGCGAAAUCACUGACGGCGGCGGUAUAACGGCAUUUAUCGGCGCGAUUAUCUUUUUCGAAUUCGGUUCCAUCCUGCUCAUAUUUGAGGCCAUAAACGCGAAUAAUUCGGGUUGCUUUGGCUGGGCUGUUGAGCAGCUGGUCGAUAGUGAGAGCAAUGGCAGUCCGAAGCUGCGGGUAGUCGCAGCUCGCCGACAUUGCCACCACCACCACCAGAACCGACGAAACUUUGUUGGCAAAGCUUCAUCGGCUACCUUGGCCGAAGCUCGUCCGGAUUCCGAUAGCGUUGAUGGGAAGAGGCAAUGGCAAUGGUUCCCGUCCUGGCACGACCUGCGCACGCAUUAUCUCCACGAAUUGGGCUUUCUUGCCGGGUGUGCACAGCUCUUUGGAGCUACUGUCUUUGGCGUCUCUGGAUUUACCGCAUUGCCGGGCAUCAAUAACCACCUCACGCCACAAUGGCGGCUCAAUGCUGCGUACUGGAUUCCCCAGGUCGUUGGCGGCAGUGGCUUUAUCGUUAGCAGCUCGCUGUAUAUGCUAGAAACGCAGCAGAAAUGGUGGAGGCCCGCGCCACAUCUUUUGGGAUGGCAUAUUGCCUUUUGGAAUCUCGUGGGAGCGUUUGGAUUUACGCUCAGUGGCGCGCUGGGGAUGGCGUACAAUAAUUCAGGGGCACAGUUUGAGGCUGGGUUGGCUACGUUCUGGGGUUCCUGGGCUUUCUUGAUUGGUAGCUACUUGCAGCUCUACGAAAGUUUGAAUAAGCAUCCUGUGGAAGAAGUGUCAUCUAUGGAGGAUUUUGCAGCUGUAAAAGGAUAG